AUGGAGGACCGAAGCGGGCAGGUCCUGGCCGUCAACGUCGCCUUCUUCAGCCUGACAUGGAUUUUCAUGCUGCUGCGCGUCUAUACACGCGCCUAUCUGCUCAAGUCCUUCGGUUCGGACGACUGGUCCAUGGUCGGCGCAUUGCUGCUCUUCACCGGCUACCUGAUCUGCCAGCUGGGCGGCGUCGCCUAUGGUACUGGCCGCCGCGACGUGGACAUCGCACCGGUCGACCGGAUGAGGGCUCUGAGGUACUGGUGGUUCUGUGAACUGUUCUACUCCUCUGCCACGUGCACGUUGAAGUGUUCGGUCGGUCUCUUCCUUCUCCGCAUCGCCGUCAAGAGAGGCCACACUCUUACCAUAUACAUCAUGAACGCCGCCAACAUCGUCUUGAGUGUUGCCUACUUCUUCGUCUUCAUCUUCCAAUGCAAUCCCGUCUCCUCGUUCUGGACCAUUAAGCCGAACAACGAGCACUGUCUCUCCAUCCAUGCCAUUGAGGGCAUCUCCUACGGUGCAGCAACCCUCGGCUCACUGUCCGACUGGAUCUUCGGAGUUCUUCCUGGCUUCAUCGUCUAUGACCUCCAGAUGAACAAGAGAACCAAGCUGGUCGUCGUCGGCAUUCUCGCCUUUGCAGCUAUCGGCAGCACAGCGACUCUCAUCCGCAUGCCAUAUAUCAAGGGCUUCAGCGCCACCCACGAUUUCCUCUAUGAAUCGACCGACAUCGCCAUCUGGUCUACCAUCGAGCCGGGCAUCGGCAUGAUCGCCGCGUGCAUCGCAACGCUGCGACCGCUACUCCAGCACGUACUGCACCGCAGCGGCCUCUCGACACCGGACAAAGCAACCAACUACGCCAGCUACGGCAACGGGCCGAGCACCCACCGAUCGGGAGCGGGCUACGAGCGCUCCAACUCCUACUCGCACCACAUGGACACGCUACGGCCGGACACUAUCACAGGGGGCACGGCAACGGUAAUCGUCACGGGUGGCGAGGCGACAAACAAAACCUGGCACGACGACAGCGACAAGGGGAGCGACGAGCACAUCAUUACCCAUUCGUCCAGCGACAUCCACAUCAGCAAGAGUGUGCAGGUGACGCAUGCCACCGAGCCUGCCGACCCGAGUCCGACCCCGUACGGCACUUACGCCCACCAGAACCGGCAUCAUAAUACGAACUCGAGAUCGCAUGGGCGGAAGCCGUCGAAGAUAGACGAGAGGAGCUUGACCGGACGCAACUCGGACGAUAGCUUGGUUUGA